AUGGAGGCGAACGGCGCGAUGCGGCUGGCGAUGCGGUUGAAGCGGAGCGCCAUCGUGCAGAUGCUCAAGAGCACUAUCCCUGAUGGCCAAGAACUGGUGAGGCGGUUGUGGACCAUUCCCGGGAACCUGGAGCAGGUCGUUGGGCAGACGGUUGGCCAGGCCGUGGAAGAGUCUCAGCUGGAGGCUACCAGGCAUUGCGAGCGCGUGUUGAUGAGCCUGCCGCCGGACGCGGGUGUGUGUCGCCAUGCUUUGAUAGACGCCGAACUACGUAUCGCGGAGGUGACCGACAUGUACUCCGAGACGAUGCGGGCCCUGAGGCGCACGGCCAAUGCGAACGUGAGGCUCGCCGUGACCUACGUGCAAGGCCCAUAA